AUGAUAAAGGCUCGACCCGAGUACCUUGACAAGCUUCGAUUCGUCCAGAUUGACGACUUUGAGAACCUUGGUGUGUUUUACGAGGCCAUCGAAGACGUCGAUGCUGUAGUCCACGUUGCUGGUCCAUUUACCUACGACACCAAAGACAACUUGAAAGAAUUAAUCCUCCCAGCUAUCAACGGUGUCCGCUCCAUACUGGAAGCAGCAAUGACGAACCCUAAAGUCACGCGCGUGGUCAUCACUUCCUCCUUCGCCUCUGUUCUGGACGUCAACCGCACCGCACCGCCUUACUUUACAUACACGGGGGAAGAUUGGAAUCCUCUGACCUAUGAAGAAGCUUCUUCCCCGGAUACAAGCGCUAUUGUUGCUUACAGAGCUUCCAAGAAGUACGCAGAGCUAGCGGCAUGGGAUUUCGUCACGGAACGCAAUCCACACUUUGAUAUCGUGACGUUGUGUCCGCUAAUGACUUUUGGGCCAGUGGUUCAUCCUGUAAGCAACGUGUACAAGCUGAAUGAGUCUAAUUCGAUGCUUUGGAAGAUUGCAAAUGGGCAGAGUCCACUCCCUAUUGCGCGGGUGCCGUUUUGGAUCGAUGUCAGAGACCUUGCGGUUGCGCAUGUUGAGGCGCUCUUUAGGCGUCAGGUGGGAAAUAAGAGAUUUGUCCCGGCCGCCAAUGAUCGCUUUUCGUAUGGUCUUGCAGCGAAAAUCAUUGAGGACAACUUUGGUUGGGCCAAGGGCAAGAUCACACGGGAAGAACAAAUGAUCGACACUUCGCAUGGACUGGAUGGGGAGACGGCCGCAAGAGAGCUUGGGUUAGAGUACCGAACUUUUGAUCGAACGGUCGUCGACCUUAUUGAACAAAUUACAAAGAUGAAAGGCGACCCAGUAUGA